UCUGCUUCCCAAAGCAAAAUUUGUAAUAUGCCAUUUUUCCCAUGGACGCUUUUCCUUUUGGCUGCUGACGAAGUGGCCGAAGAAAAUGCCAAAGUGCCAUGCAGAUACUCCUGCCGGGAGAAGGGCGCUGGGGCUUCGGAUUUCUCUGAGCAACGCUUGUGUCAUCAUUGCUAGGAAGAUGCUCCAGGACUGCCCAGCUGUGUGAGCCCCCAUCAAAGCCGGGAGAGACUGCGGUUGUCAUUGAUCAACGGAAUAAGCAGACGCCGAAGUAAAAGCUACUAGAAAUGAUGUGUGAAGUGAUGCCAACGAUAAACGAGGACACCCCAAUGAGUCAACGGGGGUCCCAGAGUAGUGGGUCGGACUCGGAUUCUCACUUUGAACAACUGAUGGUGAACAUGCUAGAUGAAAGGGAUCGCCUCCUUGAUACCCUUCGGGAGACUCAGGAAAGCCUGUCACUUGCACAGCAACGCCUUCAGGAUGUCAUCUAUGACAGAGACUCCCUCCAGCGACAGCUCAAUUCAGCACUGCCACAGAUGACGGUUGCUGCUGGUACGAGCAUUGAGAAUAACAUUCAAAGGACCAUAUCCUGCCCUAAUGAAUUUGCUGCACUGACAAAAGAGUUAAAUGUGUGUAGGGAACAACUGCUUGAAAAAGAGGAGGAAAUUUCAGAACUCAAGGCUGAAAGAAACAACACAAGACUGUUACUGGAGCAUUUGGAGUGCCUUGUUUCAAGACAUGAAAGGUCUCUGAGGAUGACGGUAGUGAAACGACAAGCACAGUCCCCCUCAGGAGUUUCCAGUGAAGUUGAAGUUCUCAAAGCACUGAAAUCUUUGUUUGAGCACCAUAAGGCUUUGGAUGAAAAGGUAAGGGAACGACUGAGGGUUUCUUUAGAAAGAGUCUCUGCACUGGAAGAAGAACUAGCUGCUGCUAACCAGGAGAUUGUAGCUUUACGUGAACAAAAUGCACACAUUCAAAGGAAAAUGGCAUCUGGAGAAGGGCCUGCUGAAUCCGAACAUAUUGAAGGAAUGGAGCCAGGGCAAAAGGUUCAUGAAAAGCGCCUAUCAAAUGGCUCUAUAGACUCAAAUGAUGAAGCCAGUCAAGUGGUGGAACUACAGGAACUACUCGAAAAGCAAAAUUAUGAAAUGGCACAAAUGAAGGAACGUUUGGCUGCACUAUCUUCCCGAGUGGGGGAAGUAGAGCAGGAAGCAGAGACUGCCAGGAAGGAUCUAAUUAAAACAGAAGAAAUGAGCAGUAAAUAUCAAAGGGACAUUAGAGAGGCUAUGGCACAGAAAGAAGAUAUGGAAGAAAGAAUCACUACCCUUGAGAAGCGUUACCUCAGUGCACAGAGGGAAUCCACUUCCAUACAUGACAUGAAUGAUAAACUGGAAAAUGAACUGGCAAAUAAGGAGGCCAUCCUGCGUCAGAUGGAGGAAAAAAACAGACAGCUGCAAGAACGUCUUGAGCUCGCUGAACAGAAGCUGCAACAGACAAUGCGGAAGGCUGAGACCUUGCCUGAAGUGGAGGCUGAACUAGCUCAGAGAAUUGCAGCACUGACUAAGUCUGAUCCAACCUCUUCUACCUCAUCUGAUGAUUAUCAAUAUGUUAUGGAAGCUAAGCUACAAGAAAUGAUCUCCAUACGUAGGAAGGCAGAAGAAAGACAUGGUAACAUUGAAGAACGUAUGAGACACUUGGAAGCUCAGCUUGAAGAAAAGAAUCAGGAACUUCAAAGAGCAAGACAAAGAGAGAAAAUGAAUGAGGAGCACAACAAAAGAUUAUCAGAUACUGUAGACAGACUUUUAACAGAAUCCAAUGAGCGCCUGCAGCUACACUUAAAAGAGAGAAUGGCAGCACUUGAGGAAAAGAAUGUUUUAAUUCAGGAAUCUGAAAGUUUCAGGAAGAACUUGGAAGAAUCUUUACAUGACAAGGAAAGAUUGUCAGAAGAAAUUGACAAACUGAGAUCUGAACUUGACCAGUUGAAAAUAAGGGCUGGCUCUUUAAUUGAACCUACAUUGUCAAGAUCUCACCUUGACACGUCAACAGAACUGAGGUAUUCUGUGGGUUCCUUGGUUGAUAGUCAAUCCGACUACAGGUCAACUAAAGUGAUAAGGCGACCCAGAAGAGGUCGUAUGGGGGUCCGGAGAGAUGAACCAAAGGUGAAAUCUCUUGGGGAUCAUGAGUGGAACAGAACUCAGCAGAUUGGAGUCUUGAGCAGCCACCCAUUUGAAAGUGACACCGAAAUGUCUGAUAUUGAUGACGACGAUAGAGAAACUAUUUUUAGCUCCAUGGAUCUUCUGUCACCAAGUGGGCAUUCAGAUGCCCAGACUCUGGCCAUGAUGCUUCAGGAGCAACUAGAUGCAAUCAACAAAGAAAUAAGGUUAAUUCAAGAAGAAAAAGAAUCAACAGAACUGCGUGCUGAAGAAAUUGAGAACAGAGUAGCUAGUGUCAGUCUAGAAGGCUUGAAUCUGGCUAGAGUUCACCCAGGUACAUCUAUCACUGGAUCAGUGACAGCUUCAUCGCUUGCAAGCUCUUCUCCUCCUAGUGGGCACUCAACCCCUAAACUCACCCCACGCAGUCCAGCCAGAGAAAUGGAUCGCAUGGGAGUCAUGACACUGCCAAGUGAUCUAAGGAAACAUCGACGAAAGAUUGCAGUGGUAGAAGAAGAUGGACGUGAAGAUAAAGCCACAAUAAAAUGUGAAACCUCUCCUCCUCCAACACCCAGAGCCAUCAGGAUGACUCAUACCCUUCCUUCUUCAUACCACAGUGAUGCCAGAAGUAGUUUGCCAGCUUCACUGGAGCCAGAAAGUAUUGGUCUUGGCAGUGCCAGUAGCAGCCAGGACUCCCUACACAAAGCUCCCAAAAAGAAAGGAAUCAAGUCUUCAAUAGGACGUUUGUUCGGUAAAAAAGAGAAGGCUCGACUUGGACAGCUCAGAGGUUUUAUGGAAACAGAGGCUGCAGCACAGGACUCUCUGGGAUUAGGCAAACUGGGAACUCAAGCAGAAAAAGACCGAAGACUAAAGAAAAAGCAUGAACUUCUGGAAGAAGCUCGGAGAAAGGGAUUGCCUUUUGCACAGUGGGACGGGCCUACAGUGGUUGCGUGGCUGGAGCUGUGGUUGGGAAUGCCUGCAUGGUAUGUUGCUGCUUGCCGUGCAAAUGUGAAGAGUGGAGCCAUAAUGUCUGCUUUGUCUGAUACUGAGAUUCAGAGAGAAAUUGGAAUCAGCAACCCUCUCCAUCGCUUAAAGCUCCGACUAGCAAUCCAGGAGAUGGUAUCACUUACGAGUCCAUCAGCUCCUCCCACUUCUAGAACACCCUCAGGCAAUGUUUGGGUGACCCAUGAAGAAAUGGAAAAUCUUGCAGCUCCAGCCAAAACGAAAGAGUCUGAGGAAGGCAGCUGGGCCCAGACCCUUGCUUAUGGUGAUAUGAACCAUGAAUGGAUUGGUAAUGAAUGGCUCCCCAGUCUGGGUUUACCUCAGUACCGAAGUUACUUUAUGGAGUGCCUGGUAGACGCAAGGAUGUUAGACCAUCUGACGAAGAAAGAUCUCCGCGUGCACUUAAAAAUGGUGGAUAGCUUUCAUCGAACAAGCUUGCAGUAUGGGAUCAUGUGCUUAAAGAGGCUGAAUUAUGACAGAAAAGAACUGGAAAGAAGAAGAGAAGUGAGUCAGCAUGAAAUAAAAGAUGUAUUGGUCUGGAGCAAUGAUCGAGUCAUACGCUGGAUACAGGCUAUUGGACUACGAGAAUAUGCAAAUAAUGUCUUAGAAAGUGGUGUACAUGGGUCACUUAUAGCCCUGGAUGAAAACUUUGAUUAUAGCAGUUUAGCUUUAUUAUUACAAAUUCCAACACAAAACACCCAGGCACGGCAAAUCCUCGAGAGAGAAUACAACAAUCUUUUAGCACUAGGAACUGAGAGACGACUUGAUGAAAGCGAUGAUAAGAACUUCAGACGUGGCCCUUCCUGGCGAAGACAAUUUCCUCCACGUGAGGUCCAUGGGAUCAGCAUGAUGCCUGGCUCCUCAGAAACACUUCCAGCUGGAUUCAGAUUAACUACAACAUCAGGGCAGUCACGAAAAAUGACAACAGAUGUUGCUUCAUCACGAUUGCAGAGGUUAGACAGCUCUACAGUUCGCACAUAUUCAUGUUGACAAGGCUAGCAAAGAAGCCAGCACUGAAUUGCUAUAUCAUCUCUUUCUUCUACUUUACCUGAAGUGCACUACCACUAUUUUAGGGGAACGGAGCAGUAAAGGUCUCUUCAAGAACAGGGUAAUUAAGGAAGAGAACACAAAGUUUUAUCAAGCUAAAAAAAUGUGAUGUUCUUUUCAUGUAUUAAGUUAUUGGUUAGUUUAAUACAAGAGUAAUAAAACACCUAAAUCAUUUACAAAACAAAAAAAACCCAAGCAUCUCUGUCAUCAUAAAUUUGGCAGUAGUGCAAAACCAAUGGUUUUAUCCACUGGAGCCACUCAUUUUUUAUAUUGUUCAUCUGUUUUAUUGUUAUAUACUAGCCAUCUGUGUAUUUACUGUGUAUUUCUUUUAAAAUGUGUAUGUAAAGGAAUAUAAAUGAUUUUUUAAAAAUAAAAUCUAUAGUACAUGAGGUCCCAGUGCAAACACUUGACAAUACAGUGUCAACAAUAAUGUUUGUAUCUUUCCAUUCCACCAUUUUUACAGGUUUUUGAUUGUAACAGUCAAAUUAAUAUGUUUAGCAAAGUUAGAAGCUACAACCUGUUCCUGCUUAAAAAUCUGUCAAUAUUUAAAGCUGAACACCUGCCUCUGAAGAUGUAUGAAAGGAUGAUUUAAACUGGAACUGGAGCCAAAAUGGACCUAUAAAGUCAAGCAGAAAGGUCAGAUACCUGUAAUACCUGUAGAAAUGCACUGUGAUGGCUCUCCUCUUAAAAACAAAAACAACAAAAUUGUUUACAAGAGUCACAAGCAAUUACCGAAAAAAUAUAUAUUUAAAAAAAACAAACAUUCUCCUGUGUUACCUGUGGACCAAGAAGAACCUUGCUUUACCAAGAGCCACCUUUUUGUUCCAGCCAGCGUGGGAUGUAAAAAUCUGAACGUUGCAAAGAAGCUGAUGUUCAAGUUUUCUAUUAAAAAGAAAAUUAAAAAAAUGCCAAACCCCACCAUUUCUUCAUUGUAACAGGGCAUUAGACAAAUUGCUGUCUAACGUUAUGCUUUUAGCCAAGAUGGCCUUGCUGAGACUUCUUGCAAGUCAGUUUUAUCAGAGGAAAUAACUGAAAGACAGAAUGAUAAUAUAUAUAGUGUAUAAAAGUUUAGAAGAGCAAUUAUUACCUAUUGUGGCUUUAUUUGGUGGUGUUAGUGUUGUUUAUUCUUUGUUUAUAUGGGAAGUUCCAAAGUAAAACCUAUUUAAUAAUGUCGUUGACCUAUUUGUAAAUUUUCUGCUGCUUGAUACUAUCUCAAGAUCUGUCUUUUAGUUAUUUCUUUUAGCAUUUUGAUCUGCAAUGUUUGCACGUACCUAAACAUUUGUUUUAUUGUCUAUUUUCAUUUGACAGAUUUCAGUCAAUCAAAUGGUGACAGAUUUUUCUCACCCAUUGUCAAUAAAAAUAUUCAGUGCUAUUUGUGUUUAAUAUCUAUAAGGCUGAGUAUAUGGUAGCAUGGAAAAGCAGUUUGGAUGACUGGCACAUCUCAAAGUGUAAGAAUUUUUUCCCCGGCAGAGAUUAUCAACAUGAGCUUAAUGUUGAGUCUGCCACUAGAGGGAGCACUAAACUUGCUUAUAUGUAGGAUAUGGUGAAUUUGAUCAAACUGUCAAGACAGUAAAGCUAUAGUAUAAAGACAUUACUUCAAAUUCCUCAGCCUUAACUAGCUUUCAUGUUAAUGUUUUCCCCCCUUUUGAUUGUUUUAGUGAAAAAACAAGUAAAUACAGUGCAAACUCCAACAUUUUCAGUACUACUUGUCUCUUUUGAGCAAACCCCUCAUUAUGUUCCAGUCCAGUAUUUAUUGGGGUUUUUUGCAGUUUUCACAGAGUCUCAGCCCAAACCAGGAGCAACACACAGGAGAAAUCCCUGUGAACGGAACAAGAAGUUACAUGCCUGUAGAAGACUAACCCCUAAAUCUCUUACUCUGGAAGAUCGGGGGGGCGGGGGGACUCAUAAAAGCUUAAAGCUGGAUGUGAACAGUUCUGACCCAGAGCCUCUCUCUAAUUAUUUCUCCCUGCUGCUGAGUUAGAUUGCCAUUCUCAAGAAAAACAUUAAAAACUUGCAACUGUGGUAGCUGUUCAAACCCAUUCUCAGCUAUCCAAGUGUCCAGGGUUUUAGGGUGUUCUUUGGCUGGUAUAGUUCACAAAGAUGUGUCUACCUUAUGUAUGAUUUAGGUUGGCUAAGAUAAAUGUUCCAGAAUCUAAGAUGGCCACAGUUGUCAGAAUAUCAUUUUACACUCCUUUAGCACACAGACAAAACACUAUAGGAGGUUCAAACACUAGACUCGAACAAAAUUUUGAAAGCUGGUAUUCAAAAAAAAGUGAAAAUGCUCUCCUAGUUUCAGGGUACUUAAACUCUUGAUAAUCAGCCAGUAGCCAUGCUGUGCAAGGAGCUACAUUGUGCUUGGAGGAGGAGGCUACCCCCUAUACAAAGGGCCCUCACAUGAUUGUGCAUAGACCAUCAAACAGUAGUAUAAAUAAAAUACAGUCUGAAACCAUAACAUCAUGGCCAAACAAUUAUUUUUGCCUUUUGUAUCACCAUUAAAAUUCCAGAAACACUUUUAUAAACAAUUUAAUUCCUUAAUGCACUAGUGAAAAUUAUCAAUUUUACAUCUCUGAGCGCCUAUUUAUCUCUACAUUAAUGCACCACCAAGAGUAGUGGUGCAAGUAUAAUGCAUCUCAACCUUGGCAGAAAAAGGAACAGCAGCCAACUAAAAGGAAUUUCAUUUAAAGGGCCCAUUCCAUUCUCAGAUUACCCUUUCUUGGAACCAGCCAAGAAAUAACCAACAAAAAAAAAAAGGUCAAACCAAAACAGUAUUGAGGUUUGAUUUAUUGCUUGUUUCCAUUAUUUGUGCACUUAUACUCCGACGCACAUUCCAUUCAUGCUGGUGACAGGCUGCAGACGUGGGUGUUACUUUAGAUCUUAGAUGACUCAGACUGGCCAGGUUCCAACUUCCCAGAGAUUGAACCACUAGGCAAUGAGAACCCUCGACGUCCCUUUGGAGCUACUGCUUCCGGUCCAGUCCUGAGUGUCUGCUAUCAUGGGUUACAUCUCUCUCUGGCUGCUAUUACUGCAGGUUUAUAUACAGUUCCAGUUACACCUUGAUUAGCCUUACACAGUAAUAUUUUGGUUCAAGCCUUGUGAUUGGUUUCUUACACUCAUACUAUCUUACUCAUUCCUUACGUAUUGAUAAGCAUGAAUACAGUUGGGUAAUAUAGCUUUAAGUUAGCCUCUCACAUCAGCGAGGACUUCCAUUGCCAUUCUAUUUACGAAAGAAAAAAAUUAACCCAAAAGACUAUAAUUUACUUUUAAAUGUUCAUCAAUUACACAGGAAAGCAACUAGCAUACAACUCUACAGUCCAAACUCAUGACUCACAAAGUAGUUCUUAAAGUACAAACAAAACUAGCCUGCUAUACUGAAUUUUUCAUAUUCACAAAAAUAUUUGCAUCUGAUUUAGUAUCAUUUCCCCCACCGAUCUAAAACAAGAUGCAAGGCAGUGGUGAAGAAGGCUCUAGGUUUAUAUUAACAGCUGCCAUAUUUGUUGUACAGUGCUCUGCUGUUAGUGUCAAUAAUUUAGAUUUUCUGCAAUUUUAUACCUCACAGCUUGACACUACUCUUCAGAAGGGGCAACUUUUGGAGCUUUUCAUUCACUCCAUAUUAGGUAGUACACUUUAGGUUAACAUUAGUUAGCUAAUGAAGCCAAGGUAGACAGACAGCACUGCAGCAUUCAUAGGGACAUCUCUGUCUUCCCUCCAAAGCUACAAAGACAUGCAUACGGAUCAUCUUCGAUACCUACAAAGCGACAGCAAAUGCAGUAGAAAACUGCAAAAUGUCAUUUUUAUAGCCAAACUCAGGAAAUUAACGAGCUGAUCCUGCAAACACCUCGGUGAGUAAUUUACUGAAGUCAACAGUACUACUCACAUGAGCAAACUUACAUCGCUGUCUCAUGAGUGAAAAUUUAAAACCUGUGCAGAAGGCCUAUCCCCUAUGUAAGUCCCCCCCCCUCACCCUUUAUUUGGAGGUCUUAGGUAGUGGCUAGGCCAUGCUUAGGUGGUGGAUUUCACCUGAAUCGAACAGGACAGCAGGAUUGUUAAUGUAUUCAUCCUGGUUGGUAAAGCAUAAAAUUAAAUAUGGACUCAAUUAUUAUGUGAUUCUACUCAUUCUAUCUGAUAAGUGUAGUGGUUUCUUCCAACAUAUUUCAUCCCAGUCUCACUAUUUCAUUGUUUUGGUCCAAGGUCUUCACUGCAAGGCAAAAACUUUCUGGAAUAUUUUACAGUUCCCAGGUAUGGCUCCAGUCCUGCAAAUUGUUCUGCAAAGGCAGAGCUCCUCACUCACCCAGCACAGUUUGCAGGUGCUGGGCCCAAGAGAACAUUCAAAUGGGAGUCACCUUUAUAUAUAUGGCAGACUCCCAGCCAUUAUGAUCAGCCUGCUGUUUUAUCUGGUUCUAGUAUUGUGUCACUUAACAGCCUCCUACCUUUAUUCCUUAGUUGAUGGCUACUUCCUGGAUGUCUUCUUUUUCUGAGGAAAUACUGCCCGUAGCAAAAAAUAAAGUGUAGUCUUAUAAAUCCCUAUAAAAACAACGAGGAGCCUGGUGGCACCUUAAAGACAAAUAGAUUUAUUUGGGCAUAAGAUUUCGUGGGUAAAAAAAACACUUAUUCAGAUGCAUAGAGAGAAAAUUACAGAGUGGGCAUUAUAUAAUGACCUCACAAGUGGAAAACUUGAUCAAAUUGGCCCUGUCAACACUGGUUCUCCACUUGUGAGGUCAUUAUAUAAUGCCCACAC